AUGACAAACAAUUCUACCGCUUCGACCUUCGCUGAGCAAUGGCGCAACCCAAAUGGCUUCUUGUCACUCCUGAUGAUAAUUGGACCCAUUAUACAAUCGGCACUUGCACAACUCACCGGGCCAUUCUUUGUCCCCAUCUGCUUCAGCUUCGGUUGGGCAUCCUACGCAUUCUCUGCCAUAAGUGCUGUUGCCAGAGAUGGACGAUUGAUGCCAGCGGCAGACCACGCCUGUAAAGUGAUUAAUCUCGACAAUGGCUAUGCGCGAGCUAACAGAUCUUGGAUCAUCGGUCGGUUGUUGCGAGAUCUGGAAAAGUCAAUUUCGAACGAGGCUUUGUUAGUUGAGAUCUAUGAGGCCUCCGAACCUCCAAACGGAUACAUCCUGGCGGGAAAGUCUAGAUGGUUUGCUUUGGGGGCUAUUCUUGUUCAAAUCGGCAUCAGUAUUAUACCGUUUGCACUCUCUGGUGACUGGGGCAUUUUUAUCAUUACUAUGCUGGGUACUUGCCUGGCUAUUGCAACAGCAGCAUUGCCCCAAUGGAGAGUGGAAAAGUUAGCCUGCAGGGCUAGGUCGGAAAAGAAGGUAGCAAUCACAACAGGGAACGGGUCACGAUACAUCAUGGUAAUUAUAGGAAAAGAGAAUUGCUUGGAUAUUGAAGAUCUAGCCGCGGGCGAAGGGCCACCCUUUAAGGAGUACACGAAAGACGAGGAACAAGGGAAGAGAGCGGCGAACCGGGCGAGCAGCGGUGAGAUAAUGAAACCCUACACGAAGAAACUCGGCCUGAGGAAGGAGGUAAAACUCUUUCGAGGCCUUCCGAUAGACUUCUGGCUUACCAGGCUCUUUUGUGGCAUCUUCGCACUUGUCUGGGCAGUGGUUCUGAUCUUAGUACUAGCCCUGAAAAAAAAUGCAUGGUAUUUGGCCGCGGUUGGAACGGUUGGAAUGUCCCAGAACGCCAUUGUCGCCGCAGCGAGCCUAAAUCCGGAGGCCCGUGGGUUCCAUUUAAAAAAGGACCGGGUCAUGAUUGGCGACAAGGUUAUGGACGUGUUGAUGGAGCUUGAUGGAUCGGAGCCGGGAUGUGGAAGAUCUUCGCUUAAGGAAUUUUUCCCUGCUGGUCUUGAUAUUCCUUAUGAUAGAGGGGAGAAGGACUGGUGA